UCAAGUAUUUGAAUUAUGAAUUUAAUAGAAUUCAGCAGAAUAUUCAGUAUAGUAGAUAAUUUAAUAUAUUUCAUAAUUUUCUGUGCUAAUUCUUUCCUUUAUUUUCAGCCUGAAAAAAUUAGCACAAUUUUAAAGGCUGCAAAUGUAGAUGUUGAAUCGUAUUGGCCAGGUCUUUUUUCUCGAGCGUUGGAAGGAAUUGAUAUAAAGCAGCUGAUUACAAAUGUAGGAUCAGGAGUUGGUGCUGCACCAGCAGCUGCACCUGCAUCUGGUGGUGCUGCUCCAGAGGCAUCUGGAGGAGAAAAGAAAGAAGCUAAGAAGGAAGAAAAAGAAGAAUCUGAUCAAUCAGAUGAUGACAUGGGUUUUGGUCUUUUCGACUGAGGGACCAAGAUAUAUUUGUAUUUUGUACAAUAAAUCAGUCUUUUAAAA